UAGAAGUUGCCAGUUGCCUGCCUGCCUGCCUGCACCCUCUCAUGUCGUAAACGCUGGUAAUGUUUACAUCAAAAUUAUCAGAGCCGCAAUAGUAAAGCAAAAUUCAGACAUAGCCAUGGCUGAAGGAGAUGACAUCGGUCUAUACCUAGACGAAGAGAGCGACAGUCUAAAAGAACUGUUUGCCGCCGCGACCCAGCACGUCCAAAGUAAUACCGGGCUCUUGAGCACCGAUCAUCUUCUCUACCUUUACGCCAGAUACAAGCAGGCGCACGAAGGAUCUUGCAAGGCGCCCAAGCCCGCGUUCUACGACAUCAAGGGAAAACAGAAGUGGGACGCAUGGAAUAAGCUGGGCGAUCUGUGCGAAACGUCAGCCAUGCGCGAGUACGUGGAGCGGGUGGAGCAACUUUUUCCCAACUGGAGCAAGGAGCAAGGAGGAGAAGCGAAAGCAAGGACAUCGAUGGGACCUGUCAUGAGCACAUUGCAGCACAGUGAUGAGGAACCGGCCGUCGCGAACGAAUGCAAAGAUGCAUUCGACUGGGUCAAAGAGAACAAUCUGGCGCGGUUGCGAGAGUGCCUGGAGUCUGAAAGCAGGCCGCUGGAUGCACCAGACAACGAGGGGUUGACGCUGCUGCACUGGGCUUGUGACCGGGGACACUGGGAUGUUGCCAAACUGUUGUUGGACUUCGGAGCAGACAUUCACGCCCAGGACCAGGAGGGACAGACGCCACUGCACUACGCGUCUUCCUGCGGCCACCUGGACAUUGCCCGGCUCCUCCUGGAGAGGGGCGCCCUGCUGGAGACGAGAGACAGUGAGGGCCUGACACCGGCACAGGUGGCACUUGACCCCGGCCUGCAGCGCCUCUUAUCCGUCUGAUACCCAGCAUGAAAAACCAGCUGCCACAACACUGCUAGCAUCCAGGUACGAGGACAUGGCCCGCGAUUCCGGUCGAACCUCGGCGGUCCUUCUUGUGUCUCCGUCACCGGUCUUCAAUGACCGCCUCAUCCCAGGGUCCAUGAAUGUUCCUGAGCAAAAAAAGGAACAAGGUCCAUCGCUGUGCUGCGGUACUUCAGCUGUCACAGGGUCUUCAAGAUUCUGCCACCUUCCACUCUUGGCAGACAGCUCACUUACAUAGAACUAAAUAGGUAGCUCCAGA